AUGCACAUUGAAGACCCAGCGAUCCCUUUGGAUUCGACGGUAGUAGUAGUCGGGGUAAAUGGCUACAUCGGCGUUGAAACCUGCGAAAAGCUCCUACAAGCAGGCUUCCGGGUACGUGGGACAGUUCGUGACGUCGAGCGGCACAAUGGAUGGAUGCACGCACUUUUCGACAAGACAUGGUCUGGCAGAUUUGAGCUCGUCCAGGUCCGCGAUUUCCAGGAGAAUGAUGCCUUCGACGAUGCCUUUCAGGGUGCUGCUGGAGUGAUCUACCCAUCAAUGCCAAUCAUCUUCGACUCGGACCCAUCGAAAGUUUACGACCCGGUCAUCAAAGGCGUUAUUAACACCUUAGAGGCAGCAUCCCGGGCGGGUGUAAAGCGCUACGUCCUCGGCUCCAGCUCCAAGGCAGUUCACUCAAGCGUCUACAACAAGCCGUACGAACUAACAACCGACACCUGGAAUACCGAUGCGAUCAAGGAGGUUCGCAACAGCUCAAGUGAGUCCGCGACAUUCGACCGCAUGCUGGCCGUCUACAGUGCAGGAAGGACACUAGCCGAGCAAGCCUUCUGGCAAUGGGUCAAGGAGAACGACGCGCCGUUCGUAGCGAACUGCGUUGUACCGGAUGGGCAGUUUGGGCGAGUUUUGGAUGUGCAGAAUCUUAAUACCGGGGCUACGUCUUCCACGGGACAGAUGGUGCGCGCGCUGAGAGGGGAGUGGGAGGGGGUUCCGCUUGAUCUUGCAUUUGUAUCAGACGUCCAAGACACGGCCCGUCUCCUAGUGGCGGCCGUUGCAUCACCAUCCAUCCAGAACGAGCGAAUAUUCUCAUACUCCGUCAACAGGACGUGGAACGAUAUGCGCGCAAAGGUCCGCGAGCUGUUCCCAGGCCGUCCCGGGCUUGUGACCGGCCAGGAUCAAGAUAGACAUGGGAGAGAUGUGUCCACCGCACUAGGUCCGAUUUCCCGUGCGGAGGAGAUUCUGCGGAGCUUUGGGAGGCCGGGGUUUACUGGUGAGGAUGAGAUCGUGAAGGACCUUGUCGAGUCUGUCUUCUUUGGGAACUUGGAGUGA